UAUCAGUUCACAAUGCACAUACAAAUAUCGAUUUUGAUUUUUGUUAUCUCUUCCAUGGUCUCUUCUACUGAUUGAAUCGAUCAGAUUGAUGGAAGAUUUCUUUAAUUUAUUCUUGCUUAUAUAACAGUAAUACGCAACCUGCGGCUCUGUGAAUUUUUUGCGGUCCAUCGGCACAAAAUAAAAAAUAUAUUUUCUAUUUCAUGUUGCAUGCGCAUCACUGAUACAAUACAUCCUCAAUUUCUGAUGUAAUAAUAAAAAUUAUUCGUCAAUCGCUAUUCAUUGGCACAUCGAUGCAUACACGAGAUCAUUGCGAGAUUGUCAAACGUUAAGUAAAAUGAUACGUAGGGGUGCAUGCCAAAUAGUCAGCUCGAUUCAUUCAAGUCCUCUUGCAGAGGUGCACGACGUUCCGAUGGACGUGAUUAUCAGACCUUUUCUUGCCGAUGUAAACGAGGAAAAGGUCCAAAGUUUGAUGAACGCGUUGAAAAACGUCGAAACUGAAGACACAGUACCGCCCAUCGACAUUUUGUGGGUCAAAGGAAGCGAAGGUGGUGACUAUUAUUAUUCUUUUGGUGGUUGUCAUCGUUAUACUGCCCAUGAACGAUUAGGUAAAGCGUCUAUUAAAGCCAAAAUAAUUCAAUCAACUUUAACGGAUUUACGAUGUUAUCUGGGAAAUUCUACUCCAGACUUGAAGUGAAUUGCAUGUAUAUACAUAUAUUUUUUAUUAUUACAUGUAACUGAAUUACUUGUAUGAACAUGCAUAAAUAUAUUUUUU